UCCAGCUCCGGCUUCGGCCAUAGAGCUCCUUCUCGGGGCGGUGCGGGGCGGGGUCCAGCACUGCGCGUGAUGCUGAGGGCCCUGCCUUUUCUCCUCCUCCCGGAGCAGCUUCCUUUUCACGGUCAGACUUAAGUCAGGUCCCUUGCAGCCCACCAGUCCUGGGGACUGAGGCCCUUUGGACCGCUAACAGGGCGCAGAACUGAGCCGAGGUCACACCACCGCGUUCGCGCUCUGUGCUCGUGCCGAGAGGUGAUUCUUUCCACAUUAACCAAGAAGUAAGGGAAGAAGGUGACAGAGGAGGGAGUGACUUCUCAAAUGCUCCUCCAGAUGUGAAGAUCUCCCCUGUUUGCGUGUGUCCUCAAGAGUAGCCAGGGAACAAUGGCGGCUAACUGUGUCCUCCUGCACACUGGGCAGAAGAUGCCCCUGAUUGGAUUGGGCACCUGGAAGAGCCAGUCUGGUGAGGUAAAAGCUGCUGUUAAGUAUGCCCUGAGUGUAGGCUACCGCCACAUUGACUGUGCUGCCAUCUACGGCAAUGAGACUGAGAUUGGGGAGGCCCUGAAGGAGGAUGUGGGACCCGGCAAGGCAGUGCCUCGGGAGGAGUUGUUUGUGACUUCCAAGCUGUGGAAUACUAAGCACCACCCCGAGGAUGUGGAGCCUGCCCUGCGGAAGACGCUGGCGGACCUCCAGCUGGAGUAUCUGGAUCUGUACCUGAUGCACUGGCCUUAUGCCUUUGAGCGGGGAGACAACCUUUUCCCUAAGAAUGCUGAUGGGACUAUCCGCUAUGACUCCACCCACUACAAGGAGACUUGGAAGGCUCUGGAGGCACUGGUGGCUAAGGGGCUGGUGCGGGCACUGGGCCUUUCCAACUUCAACAGUCGGCAGAUCAAUGAUGUGCUCAGUGUGGCCUCUGUGCACCCAGCUGUCCUGCAGGUGGAAUGCCACCCAUACCUGGCUCAGAAUGAGCUGAUUGCCCACUGCCAAGCACGCGGCUUGGAGGUAACUGCUUAUAGCCCUCUGGGCUCCUCUGAUCGUGCUUGGCGUGAUCCUGCCGAACCUGUCCUGCUUGAGGAUCCUGUGGUCCUGGCACUGGCUGAAAAGUAUGGCCGAUCUCCAGCUCAGAUUUUGCUCAGGUGGCAGGUCCAGAGGAAAGUGAUCUGCAUCCCCAAGAGUAUCACACCUUCCCGUAUCCUUCAGAACAUCCAGGUGUUCGACUUCACUUUUAGUGCAGAAGAGAUGAAGCAGCUUGGUGCCCUGAACAAAAAUUGGCGAUACAUUGUGCCCAUGCUUACGGUGGAUGGGAAGAGGGUCCCAAGAGAUGCCGGGCACCCUUUGUACCCCUUUAAUGACCCAUAUUAAGACCACAGCUUCCUGACUUUAGCUUUCCAACUAUGAGGUCCUGCCAUCCCCAGAAAGAGGGACUUAAUAAAGCCAUUGGAAUUUAUACCUGUA